AUGUUUCCAGAGUCUGUUGAAGAAUCCACUGAAUCGAGGCAGCCACUGUUUCAACCUGCAUCCAGCAGCGCUGUAGGAACGAGAGUUGAAGUGGGACAACCUGGAUUUUCAAAAAGGACCAAUACUGGAAAUAAUGUGAAUCGGACCCCUACACGUACUUCCUUCAAUUUGCAACGUGCGAAAACGAGCUUGCUCACUCCUACAAAAUCUAUUGGACCUGCACCGAGUUUUCUUCAGAGCAUCAAAUCAAUAGUCAUGGCGUCUUGGCUAAAUUUACUUUUGGUCUGCAUCCCAGUCUCUUGGGCACUUAACUUUGCAGUGAAAGACCAGCAUACACUUGUUUUCGUUUUCUCAUUUCUGUCUAUCAUACCCCUUGCGAAGCUUCUUGCUUUCGCUACUGACGAAUUAUCAAUACGUGUCGGUCAAACCCUGGCUGGUCUACUCAAUGCCACAUUGGGAAAUGCUGUGGAGCUCAUAGUUGCGAUCAUCGCUCUGACGCAGUGCAAAUUGCACAUUGUGCAAUCGUCAUUGGUCGGAUCGAUUCUCAGUAAUCUGCUCCUCGUUCUUGGAAUGUGCUUUUUUGCAGGCGGUCUUCGGUUCUCUGAGCAAGGAUUCAGUGCAGUGGCAACCCAAUUAAACUCAUCGUUGCUAACUUUGAGUGUUAUUGCUGUGUUAUUGCCUGCUGCAUUUCACAUGAACGUCACUGGUUCGACGGAUUCCGAUGAAGGUCAAGAUAUUUUGAAAGUUAGUCAUGGGGUUGCCCUUAUCCUUCUCUUUAUUUACGCCUCUUAUCUAUUUUUCCAACUUUACUCUCAUGCCACACUAUAUACCGACGAUGGUGUUCCACCCUCCAUCCCUUAUCCGAAAAAGAAGGCUGAAGGGGCUGAAUCCCAAGUUGGUGGAGAUCUAGAGCAAAGCAAGCCGGUGGAAGAUGAAGAGACACCCCAAAUGAGCCUUUACACCACUAUUGCUCUAUUGGUUAUUGUCACUGUUCUUGUGGCCGUUACAGCGGAGUGGUUGGUAGAUUCAAUCGACGGUUUGACUGCAACUGGUGCAAUUCAAGAGGAGUUUGUUGGAAUCAUCUUGCUCCCCAUUGUAGGCAAUGCUGCGGAACAUGUCACUGCUGUCACUGUUUCUGUAAAGGACAAGUUGACUCUGAGUCUUGGGGUGGCCGUUGGAUCCAGCAUACAAAUCGCUCUUUUUGUCAUACCUUUCAUCAUCACUUUGGGGUGGAUCUUGGGAAAGCCGCUCACUCUUCUGUUUGAUCCUUAUGAGUCAAUCACGUUGUUUCUUGCCGUGCUUACCGUUAACUAUUGUGUGCAAGACGGCAAAUCAAAUUGGCUCGAAGGCAUGAUACUCAUGUGUUUAUAUGUUAUACUCUGCGUCACGUUCUGGUACUAUCCUGGCUCAGACCCUUCAGGACUCCUCAAUACAUGUACUUAA